UUUUGGAGUAAAUUUUUAGAGGCUUUGGGACUCGGGGAAUUAAUGGAUGAACUUUUGAUGCAUACUUUUGGAGCGAAGGGUCCUUCGUGUGCUACUUUGGAAGGGGAAGAAUACCUGAACGAUGCUGAAGGAGGUGAGUAGUGAAGAUUGGAGAGAGGAUGCUGGGAUAGUAAAAUUCGUUUGGAUUGUUUUAAUAAUUGAGCGGGGAGAUAUCCUAUCACGUUACAACUUCUCAAAAGUAGUUUGGAUGUGUAGCAUAUGGCCAUAGCUCUUCUUUACAGUAUCUUUCCAUUUUAGUGCCAUUUUCGCUACUAGAUAUCUCCUCUCUGUAUUUAUUCAGCUGGCGAUCGCUAAUUGUUUUUAAGUAAAAACCAAAUAGAAAAAUACCAACUCCAAGAAUGUCAAAUAUUGUUACAUUGUUAUUUGUAUGCUAGAUAAUAAUUUUACAUGGAAAACAAUAUGAAAUACUCAUUAAGUCCCAUUAAAACAUCAAGAUGCACAUGUAGAUCUUCCUAUGAAAGAUUUCUGAGCCAUCAUCAUGGACCUUUUCCUAGGAAUCAAAUCCCUCCAAUCUCCUCUAUUACGUAGUGGCGCGAAUAAGGAUAAACAGACAAGAAAACUCACUGAAAAGAUAACCCAGAUCUACUAUUUGAAGAAGCCCCAGCUUGAGUGCCACUUUAGUGAACAUGACAAGCGGGAGAAGUGAUCGCUCAGAUAUUCAAACGCAGCUGACAUCCAUAACUUUGAAUACAAGGGUGACAGUAUCUACUGUACUCUCCACAUUGAUGGUAUUGCAUCACAACAAUACCUGAUGCCCUUUGAGAGGAAAAAAAUAUCAGCUAAGAAAAGGCAGAGUAAGCUCAAAGCGUCACAAAAAUGAUAAUUCUUGUGAAAUAUGUUUAAAAUCAA